AUGACGAAAUCGAAAUUUUACAGAGAUCUGGUUUUAUCGCUUGUUAUUUCAGACCUCAUUUAUGCUUUGGCGGUAUUUGUAUUUGUAAAGAUCGUGAGGUUUUUUGGCGCCAGCUUUCUCAUAUACACAAUUGUUACUGUUGUCAUUGGCUUCCUUUUAUUCCAGACAAUCAUUCCUAUUGUCAUUUUACCGUUGUUUCAUAAACUCACACCUUUGGAAGAAGGCGAGUUGAAGACGGCGAUUGAAGAUUUGGCGAAGAGAAACGGCUUUCCCACUUCACGCCUACUUGUAAUUGAUGGUUCCACCACGAGCACCCAUGCGAAUGCUUUUUUUCUGGGCUUACCUUGGAACAAGCAGAUCGUGCUUUAUGAUACACUAAUUCAAAAGUUCCCCACCAGCGAGAUUAUUGCCGUUUUGGCGCACGAGCUAGGCCAUUGGAAAUUGGGCCAUGUCCUUCAAGUGAAUAUCCAUAUUUGGUUGAUAUUGGCAAUUAAUUUCGCCUUUUUCUCGGCAUUUUUUGACAACUCCUCUCUUGUGAAAGCAUUUGGGUUCGCCAACCCCUCUCCAGCCAUCAACUUUGUGCUUUUCACUUACCUCACCUGGCCAUUAGAUACAUUUAACUCAAUUUCCAGAAAUUUUAUGGUCAGAAGAAAUGAAUUUCAGGCUGAUAACUAUGCGAAGGAACAGGGAUACAAAGACGAGAUUGCUAGCGGCUUAAUUCGUCUUAAUAGUGAAAGUUUGGAUGUCUUGUACACUGACUGGUUAUAUUCCAUUUGCAACUCAAGUCACCCAAGUUUGGUGGAACGGUUGGUUGCCAUUGGCUAUCAACCAAAGCAGAAGGUGAGGAAGAGAGGGUUAGAGGUAACAAAGGAGGAGGAUGAGAAGGGGGACAUUGAAGAGCGAGAGAUACUCUAG